GGCAUCCGGGAUGUGGCGGGGCCUUUGUCUCUCGCUGCAGCCUGAGCUCCAGGUCUUCUUUCCUGCUCUGUGUUCUCUGCUCGUAGAGUCCCAGCCUCUGUGGCCCUGUGACCUGCAGGUAUUGGGAGAUCCACAGCUAAGACGCCGGGACCCCCUGGAAGCCUAGAAAUGGGACCAUUGACAUUUAGGGAUGUGGCCAUAGAAUUCUCCCUGGAGGAGUGGCAUUGCCUGGACACUGCACAGCGGAAUUUAUAUAGGAAUGUGAUGUUAGAGAACUACAGAAACCUGGUCUUCCUGGGUAUUGCUGUUUCUAAGCCAGACCUGAUCACUUGUCUGGAGCAAGGAAAAGAGGCAUGGAGUAUGAAGAGACAUGAGAUCAUGGUGGCCAAACCCACAGUUAUGUGUUCUCAUUUUGCCCAAGACCUUUGGCCAGAGCAGAAUAUAAAAGAUUCUUUCCAAAAAGCGACACUGAAAAGAUAUGGAAAAUGUAGACAUGAGAAUUUACCAUUAAGAAAAGGCUGUGAAAGUGUGGAUGAGUGUAAGAUGCACAAAGGAGGUUAUAAUGGACUUUACCAAUGCCUCGCAGCUACCCAGAGCAAAAUAUUUCAGUGUGAUAAAUAUGUAAAAGUCAUUCAUAAAUUUUCAAAUUCAAACAGACCUAAGAUAAGACAUACUAAAAGGAAACCUUUCAAAUGUAGAGAAUGUGGCAAAUCAUUUCGCAUGAUUUCAUGCCUAACUGAACAUAGCAGAAUUCAUACUAGAGUAAAUUUCUACAAAUGUGAAGAAUGUGGAAAAGCCUUUAACUGGUCCUCAACCCUUACUAAACAUAAGAGAAUUCAUACGGGAGAGAAACCCUACAAAUGUGAAGAAUGUGGUAAAGCCUUUAACCAGUCCUCAAACCUUAUUAAACAUAAGAAAAUUCAUACUGGAGAGAAACCCUACAAAUGUGAAGAAUGUGGCAAAACUUUUAACCGAUCCUCAACUCUUACUACCCAUAAGAUAAUUCAUACUGGAGAGAAACCCUACAAAUGUAAAGAAUGUGGUAAAGCUUUUAACCGAUCUUCAACCCUUACUACCCAUAGAAAAAUUCAUACUGGAGAGAAACCCUACAAAUGUGAAAAAUGUGGCAAAGCCUUUAAGCAGUCCUCAAACCUUACUACACAUAAGAUAAUUCAUACCGGAGAGAAACCCUACAAAUGUAAAAAAUGUGGAAAAGCCUUUAACCAGUCUGCACACCUUACUACCCAUGAGAUAAUUCAUACUGGAGAGAAACCCUACAAAUGUGAAAAAUGCGGAAAAGCCUUUAAUCAUUUCUCACACCUAACUACACAUAAGAUAAUUCAUACUGGAGAGAAACCCUACAAAUGUAAAGAAUGUGGCAAAGCUUUUAAACACUCUUCAACCCUUACUAAACAUAAGAUAAUUCAUACUGGAGAGAAGCCCUACAAAUGUAAAGAAUGUGGAAAAGCUUUUAACCAAUCCUCAAAACUUACUGAACAUAAGAAAAUUCAUACUGGAGAGAAACCCUAUGAAUGUGAAAAAUGUGGCAAAGCUUUUAACCAGUCCUCAAAUCUUACUAGACAUAAGAAAAGUCAUACUGAAGAGAAACCUUACAAAUGUGAAGAAUGUGGCAAAGGUUUUAAAUGGCCCUCAACCCUUACUAUCCAUAAGAUAAUUCAUACUGGAGAGAAACCAUACAAAUGUGAAGAAUGUGGCAAAGCUUUUAACCAGUCCUCAAAACUUACUAAACAUAAGAAAAUUCAUACUGGAGAGAAACCCUACACAUGUGAAGAAUGUGGCAAAGCCUUUAACCAGUCCUCAAACCUUACUAAACAUAAGAGAAUUCAUACUGGAGAAAAACCUUACAAAUGUGAAGAAUGUGACAAAGCUUUUAAAUGGUCUUCAGUCCUUACUAAACAUAAGAUAAUUCAUACCGGAGAAAAAUUACAAAUGUGAAAAUUAGCGCAAAGCUUUUAACCAAUUCACAAGUCUUACUAAACAUAAGAAAAUUUAUACUGGAGAGAAACUCUACUAACCUGAAAGAAGUGACAAUAAUUUUGACAACACCUCAAACUUAUAAGCAUGAAAGUAAUCAUACUGGUGAGAAAUUCUAAAAAUGUGAAGAAUGUGGCAAGUCUUUAAAUGGUUGUCACACUUUAUUUUAGGUAAGAUAAUUCAUACUGGAACAAACUACAAGUGCAAACAAUGUGGCAAAACUUAAUUUAUGCUCACACCUUAUUGCACAGAAAAGAAUUUUUAGUUGAGAAAAAUUAUACAAAUAUAAAGAAUGUGGAAAAGCCAUUAAUAUCUACUUACAUGUUACUCAGCAUCAGAAAGUACUUAAUAAAAGCAUUAUAAAUGCAAUUACUGUCAAAAGAGCAUUCAGAAAAUAUAAGCCUUUAAUGUGAGAAAGAGUAAUCAUUUUGAAGGCAAACAUUGCAAAUUUAAAGAGGGUUGUAGUACCUUUACUUGUACCACAAAUCUUAUUAUACAGAUUUUGUACUAGAGGAAACCCCUGAAGCAGUUGCUUAAACUUUGUUUAACAUCAAAGAAUUUUUUUUUUUCUUUUUUGAGACGGAGUUUCGCUCUUGUUAUCAAGGCUAGAGUGCUAUGGUGUGAACUCGGCUCGCCGCAACCACCACCUCCUGGGUUCAAACAAUUCUCCUGCUUCAGCCUCCCGAGUAACUGGGAGUACAGGCAUGUGCCACCAAGCCUGGAUAAUUUUGUAUUUUUGGAAGAGACGGGGUUUCUCCAGGUUGGUAAGGCUGGUCUCAAACUCCUGACCUCAGGUGAUCUGCCCGCCUCAGCCUCCCAAAGUGCUGGGAUUACAGGCAUGAGCCACCACACCUGGCCAACAUCAGAGAAUUUAUAUUUGAGAAAAACCCUGCAAAUGUAACAAAUUUUGAAAAACCUUUUCAAAAACUACAGCUUAAAAAGCAGCAGAGGAUUCAUACUAAAAUAUAUUUUUGCAGAUGCAGUAGAUAUAAAAAUAUAUUUAAUCCAAAAUUAAGUUCAUGUAAAUAUCAGAGGGUUCACAGUAGAAAUAUCUAAGGUGCUGGCACUUCAGACACUACACUAAAUCAGAGUGCUGGGUAUAGAAAAUAAUCCAAAACUAAAUUUGGUGGAUAAAUUAUUUGUAUGUAACUUUAAAAGAAGUAGGACAUUUUUUGCAGAGUUUUAAUUACAUUCAAAGUAUACUUUUUUCCUUAAAAAUAUUACAGGUUUUUUGAAAAACAAAUAAUCAUGUAAUUCAACUUUCAAAUUACUUCAUGCUGUUUCUUCUUCACUGCUAUUAUAUUCACAUGUGAAAGCAUGUGAUCAGUGGUUGCUACAUCAAAGAUAUGAGUUUUUUUAUUAGGUGGUCAUUAUUUAUGACCUUUUCUAUUAAAGAAUAAGAACAUUAGGCUGGGCGCAUUGUCUCACACCUGUAAUCCCAGCACUUUGGGAAGCCGAGACAGGCAGAUCAUGAGGUCAGGAGUUCGAGACCAGCCUGGCCAAUAUGGUGAAACCCCAUCUACUAAAAACUACAAAAAUUAGCUGUGCACUGUGGCGCGCACCUGUAAUCCCAGCUACUCGGGAAGCUGAGGCAGGAGAAUCACUUGAACCCAAAAGGCGGAGGUUGCAGUGAGCCGAGGGCACGCCCUGGGCAACAGAGCAAGACUCCGUCUCAAAAAAAAAAAAACAAAAAAGUACACCAUUCUUAUGUAUGCUCCAGCCUGGGUGACAGGGUGAGACUCCAUCUCAAAAACAAAAAAGAAUAAGAACAUUAAAAUGUAAGAUGCAUGAUGAAACUCUAAGUGGUGGGGCUCUUUGUGGUUAACAUAAUCAUUGAGUGAUAUAUGAGGUAGUUGUUCAGAGUAAUAUUCUGCAUUAUAGUGAAUGAAAAACAUUUUUAAUUUUAGCUAAAAUUAGUAAUAUAUUAUUUUACUAAUUAUAGUUCUAUGUAAUAAAAUGCAGUACAUUUUUAAAUUUUCAGAUUACAUUUAAACUUAGUUUUUUAAUUAAACUUUUUUUAACAUUAUGACCAUUGUGCAUUCAAUGAUGUUUUACGAUGCCACUAAGUUUAACCUAUCUACCUUACUCAAGAAUGUAGUUAAAAGAUGGUUACACUGUGUAAUUUGGUAACAUAAUGAACUAACAUCUCUUUUGCCAGUGGCUUUAAACUGCAAAUAGGUUAAAGAAUAUUGUUCUUGUAGGUAAAAUUUUUAUUCGUUUUUCUUAUAUGAACUUAUUUUUUUUUUUUAAUUUUGGCGGGUACAUAGUAUGUGUAUAUAUUUAUGCCAUAUAUAGAAUAUUUUGAUACAGGCAUAUAAUAUGUAACAAUCACAUCAGGGUAAGUGAAGUAUCCAUCACCUCCAGCAUUUACCCUUUGUAUUACAAACCUAUUCUACACAUUUAGUUAUUUUGAAAUGUGCAAUUGUUAUUGGUUACAGUAACCAAUUUGCAUGGAAUGUCUACUUCCUUCUGGCCACUUUGGCAAGUGGCAAGAUUUUGGUCAUAAUUUUAUUUUAUGGUCAUAAUAAGAAUUGUAUAGAAGUAUUAAUAAAAUCCAUACAUUUCUGAAUUCUGAAUAAACAUUUAAAAAUUUGUUAAUAUUUUUCUUUAAACCUGGCUUCUCUGCCUGCAAACACAUACAGACUCUUAAUUUUUAUUUACAGAGGUAAAUAUACACAUAUUACUCUAAAGAUAAACCUUAGGGGUAAGAAAAUUAUAAAGUCUGUGUGUUUUUGUGCAUAUGAAUUUGUACCUAUAUUCAGAAGAAAAGAGCAAUAUUGGAACAAAACAAAUCAUCUUAAUAAGGUAACUAAUUGGCUGUGUGCAGUGUCUCAUGCCUGUAAUCCCAUUACUUUGGGAGGCUGAGGCGGGUGGAUCACCUGAGGUCCAGAGUUCGAGAUCAGCCUGACCAAUAUAGUGAAACCUCAUCUCUACUAAAAAUACAAAAAUUACCUGGGUAUGGUGGUGUGCACCUCUAGUCCCAGUUAGGAGGCUGAGAGAGGAGAAUUGCUUGAACCCAGGAUGCGGAGGUUGCAGUGAACUGAGAUUUUGCCACUGCACUCCAGCCUGGGUGAAAGAGUAAUACUCAUCUCAAAAAAAUAAUAAUAAGGUAACUAGUUUACUAGAAAACUGAAUACCUCAAAAAUGCUGAAAACAAAUGUAUACUCUCUGCUUUGUGUUAUUGUAAUAUCUUAUGGCUUAUGGUUAAGAAUAUUCCCAUGCAAAUAUUUUGUUUUGACUUGGCUGGUACUCAUGCUGGACCUAUAAUUUUCUUGUUUUUUAUAAUUUUUUUAUAGUUUCUGAGGCAUUAUUAUGUGAGCUUGUCAGGGAUUAUAAUGCUUUUAUAAAAUUUAGUAGUGCACACAAAAUAAUGUUUAGAUGUUAUUCCAAAAUUAGUGUAUCGUUAUAUUUUAUUUUCUUAGAACAUUUCAUUUGUUCUUUUAAUUGGAGAACUCUAAACCUGCUUUAGUUGUUGUUCUUUUCACUUUUUAUAAUUGAAAUAACUAUAUUUAUUUAUUGAGCCAAUUUUUUUUCCGGUAAGUACUAAGGAUGCUUUAUAAGUCAUGAGGAUGUUUUUAUAUAUAAAUAUAGCAAACAAACAUGACAGUGCCUGCUGUGUAACAGAUGCUGCAUAACAAGCUAUAAAUAUUCCUGCUGAAGUUAGUUUGUAACUUCAAGUCAGAGAUGGAAAAUAUCAAUGGUGAAAAAAUAAUAUUGAUUCUUCAUGUUAAGAAGACAUUUUUUCCAGGCUACAAAGCUGACUCUUGCUGAAUUUAAAGAGAAAUUCUGCUUCCUUUAUUUUCUAAGUAUCUUUUGUUUUAUUAUGUGUAUUCCAGCUAUGUAUGCAUCACAGCCCUUUUCUUUCUUUUUCUGUAUUAUAUCUGUGGUUUUCUCAUUGUUGUCUUUAUGCCAUGUCAUUUUACAUGGUACUUUGUAAGUUUUGAUGAGAAAGUUGGUAUUUUUUUAAAUGUACUAAAAAAUUAGUUUUAACUGGAGAGUUUGCUUAUCAAUACAACUUUCAGAUCAGUUAAUUAAGAUAAAAGGCAUUCAGUAUCCACAGGUGAGAGGAAUAAGUCAGUUAGUGUUCUUUUUUUCUGCUUGUAAAAGAAAAAAGUCUUACACAAAGUGUGGCAAAUAUUUGCUAAAAAAUAUAUCUCAGAAAUUAAAUUUUUAAGAGAGCUAAUGGUAAGUGAAAUUUUUUAAAUUUAAUUUUCUAUGAUAUAGCACAACUUAACAUUUCCAUGCAGAAUCUUCUAUUUUUAAGUGUGAAUGUUAAAGUUUGUAAAAUAAUAAGAUGACCUCUGUGGAUUUAAAAUUUGGAAUAAUAUUUCUUUUUUAUAUUGAUAUUACAAUUUGAAAAAAUUUCUCAGUCUUAUAUAAUUUUUUUAGUGGGUGAAGUUCAGUCUAGAGUUUCUAUUCUUAGUCACAUAACUGUAGCCAACUUCUUGAUCAUUUUCUCUGGAAAACGUGGAGAUCAUGGCGGCUUUUGGAUUGAAACAUAUCCUAUUAGUUUGCUCACAAACUUGUUUAGUGUGUUCGAAGAGUGGCCAGUCAUGAGACCAAAUGUUUUUAUGCAGUUAUUAUCUGUAGUAAAUAAAUAUUUAUUCUGUAA